AUGUGUUGUCGACAUAUCCUGCGUCUUGGACUUAUUCUCAUCGUAUUUAGUGUCGCGAAUCAAGCUACAUGUGAGUCUUUUUUUCCGUUUUCUGAUGAUUUUGAAAUCAGUUCUAGAGAAUCAUCGUCCAGAUAAAAAAAGAACCGAGUAAUCUCUAGAAUUCUGAGUCAUUUUUCCAUGUUAUGUUAACGUACCAUGUGUUUAAGACAGAAUAAUGCUAGUCUGACAUUUGAGGGUAUAAUGCUAGCUAGUUGUUACACCAAUAGGAUAAUACAAGUCUGUUCUUUUUUUUUUUUUCUUGGUAGGAUUUAAAGAGGUCAUGCUAAAUCAAUAUUUACUGAGAAUGCUUAUAAUCUUUCUUUCUUUCUCUCUUUCUUUCUUUCUUCCUUUCAAUUUUUUUUCCACCUGUAGUUUACAGUUCUAGUAAACUGUAGGAGGUAUGGAGGUGUCUGCACGAUUAUAGUCAUCAAGCCAAAAAGGGGUUUCCCUGAAAUACAGUUUUAGAAUUCAGUGCAAUACAAGUAACAGGGUGAGAUUUAUCAAGGUAAAGCAGAUGCGACUAUGGGAAAAUAGCCAAAUAAGACGAAAUUAGAAAGGAAACCAAUAGGAUAACUCUAAACAUUUUGUACUUUCCCCAUUAGUUUCAAUUUGUCUUACCAUUUCUAAUCUAAAUUAUGAGUGGGGGGAGGCAGGAGGGAGAGGGGGGAAAGGUCAAUCUUUAAACAUGUUUCACGUCCAUAUCCAGAAACAUUUGUUACAAUUAAUUAGAUGAGUUCAAAUAUCAUAAGACAGAUGUGUCCUAUUGCUUGUAACAUUAUUAGUGAUUGUGGCUAUUUCAGGUAAAUUUUCUAUACUUUUCGAAAUCUAUCAAAAUAAUGAAAUAAAAUUGCUACUAAUUUUAUUAAAAUAUUAAGUUGCUAAAGGAACAGAACAGAGCGCCCCUUUGUUUUAUAUUAUAAAAGCUUUUUUUGAAAAAGCCUUUAUAACUUUAUAAAUCUCCUAGGUUGCAUGCUCAGACCGCUGGGAGUGUUUCCCCACAUUAUAUGAGUGGAAGAUAAUGCUUCUCUUAGCCAUGCCCGUACUAGACUCCAAAGCUUCACUAUGAAAAGUACUGGAUUGGCUUGAGAGAUCUUCACUAGUGAGGAUCUCCUGGAGGUAGAGUAGAACUUUGAUGUGAAGACUCAGAACUAUAUUGGAGUAACUAAUUCGUUUUUUGUAUAGUAACGGAGGGAGCUAAAUCUAAAUUGACAAGUAAAUGCUGCAGCAUUAUAAAUAAAUGUAUUUCUUACUAAUACUGGAAUGUUCCUUCAAUGGCAAAAAUAAUAAACAAGUUACUUGUUAGGAAUCAUUUAGAAAAGGUCAGCUGGGUGGAGUGUGACCAAAUUGUUUGUUGGGUGUAGCGGAGAGCUGAUAUUCAACAGGUUAUCUCCACUUAAGAUCCCAGUGAGGCUCAGGAAAAAGUAUUAUAAAUCCAUAAGGCAAGGCUUUCAGCAGGCAAAACAAUCCUACAAUAUCCCAACAUCAAUCCCAAUGACUGGACGACACACAGCAUCAGGAGCACAACUGAUCUUUUAAUUCACACAAGCUUCUUAUAAAGCAUUCUCCCAUGCAAGGGAGGGAUUCAUCAUAAUUAAGACAGUAGCCAAUAAUGUCACAGUUACCUCCCACACAUCUCCUCCCCUCAGUGUGACACAUAAUCCCAUUAAUCAUGCUGUACUUUCCCCCGAAUUCUGGAUGUACCCCAAAACAGCUGGGUACAAUGGGCUAAGUUGCACCCCUUGGUAGCCCUGAUCUGGGUGACAAACAUAUCCAAAAUUCACCCAGAUCAGACCAGGGGUUCGGGAGUUAGGUGGAAGAGACAAUUUGACCGACCGCACACGAGGUGGUAGCCGAAAAGGGUUCCAUGGGUUUUGGCCCUGCGGUCGGUCUCCGUUCAGGAGGUAAAAUACACAUAACUACAUGCCAUCCACUAUUAAUCUUGUAUUCGCAUAAAUCCCCUUGUUCGGUACUUUUAACUCACCGAACGGGGGGCUGAUUAGCCUCUCCGUUCGGGAGUUAUGGAGCUCUGGAGGUCUCAGCAGUGUUCGGGUAAUUGAGUGUCCAAUUUGAGUUCCAGACACUCGACGCCCAAACACCGCUGAGGGUUCGUUUGUAAGAUGGCCCAAAUACAUGCAUAAAGUACCAAUUAACAUGCGGUUAGAGCAGUGUGAAGCCUAAUAAGGUGCACACUUCUCUCUGGGGUGGUCUACUGGUUCAGUAGUUUCAUUCAUAUGGGAUACGGAUGAAACUACCGAACAAUCAUACGAAUGCUACAUACACUUUUAACUAUACAGGAAAAUAAACACACGAAUUACAGUUUUAACACAGUCUUUUAGGACAGCUGUAAUACCAUCCGCUACAUUGGGUAUGAAACUUCUAGAAUAUUUUCAAUGUUAUGCAAUGUACCCAUCCAUACUACCAUUAUUGAGAGUCGUUAGAGAUUGGUUUACUGUACUGCUAUCCUGUCCAAGACAUAUGGGAGCAAUUCAUUGAUCUAUAAUGCCUUCCUCUUCCUCCCUACAUUAAUGGGUAUAUUUUGCACAAUGUCCAUGUAUUUACCAGAUAAAUUUCCAUCUGUUAAAGGACCACUCUAGGCACCCAGACCACUUCAGCUUAAUGAAGUGGUCUGGGUGCCAGGUCCUUCUAGGGUUAACCCAUUUUUUCAUAAUUAUAGCAGUUUCAGAGAAACUGCUAUAAUUAUGAAUGGGUUAAGCCUUCCCCCUAAUCCUCUAGUGGCUGUCUCAUUGACAGCCACUAGAGGCGCUUGCGUGCUUCUCACUGUGAAAAUUACAGUGAGAGCACGCCAGCGUCCAUAGGAAAGCAUUGUAAAUGCUUUCCUAUGCGAUGGGCUGAAUGCGCGCGCAGCUCUUGCCGCGCGUGCGCAUUCAGCCGGCGGGGCGGAGAGGAGGAGGAGAGCUCUCCGCCCAGCGCUGGAAAAAGGUAAGUUAUUACCCCUUUCCCCCUUCCAGAGCCGGGCGGGAGGGGGUCCCUGAGGGUGGGGGCACCCUCAGGGCACUAUAGUGCCAGGAAAACGAGUAUGUCUUCCUGGCACUAUAGUGGUCCUUUAAUGCAGUUACACUACAUCGCUCAACACGACUACUUCUAGCUUUCACAGUUUUCAUAGUUUGAUGGACUGUUCAUCAACUUCACCUAAUCUUCAGUAGACUAUGGAGUCUACCUUGUAUGUGAGUAGCAACAUGCAGCCAUUACUUCCAAAUGACAAAUGUUGAAGAGCGUGGGAGAAUGAAGUGGGGCUUCCAUUUAUAGUCCCUGUUUAUAGUCCUGUUUAUAGUCCCUCUGCAGAGACGCAGAGGGAAAAGGAAUGGAAACUUGGCAGAGAAAUGUAUAUUUGUGUAAAAACAGAUCUGUAUCGUAGAGGAAUUUAAGUUGGGUUUAAGAAAAAAAAGAAAAUCUCUAAGAGCAUGGUUGGUGCUUGGAGUCUUCCUAGAAGGACAUUCAUGGGGAAUAAACUAAUUCAAAGUAUGGGUGUUUGUAUGAAUUUCAAAGGAAAGAGGAAGAGACACAUUGUGACACUUUUAACCAGACACAUUUUAAUUACAAUAAUUUGACUCUUCUAGUCUGCCAAUUUCCUUUUAAAAAUGCAAGCAUUGUUUCUAAUUUUGUUUUACCAACAUGAUUUUCCUGAGUCAUGCUGACUGGUUCAUCUGUUUUUUGGUUGUUAUUUUUUUUAACUAUACCAUCUGCUUUAUUUCGAAUACCUGUUAUCCUAAAAAACAAUACACAACGUAGAUUCCAAUGCUUAAAAAAUUAGGAAUUAUAAUUCAUAUUAAAGUGUUACAAAUCCUUAUGUGUCUAUCAAAAAAUAAUAAUAAUUAGAUUAAAAUACUUAAUAGUGAAGGAAAUGUUGUUUCUAAACAAUUCAUAGACGACUUGAUGAGGAAAGGGCUUACAGUGCAGUCAACAGUUACAUUACUGCUUACUGUAAUUUAUUUAAAACUAUCCUUUGACCAAGGAUUUAUUUGAUUGUGCCAUUUUUUUCUCAAAAAAAGAAGGGUGUACUUGUUGCUUGUCUGCUCUUGGUAUCACAAUACGCAAAACUUUUAGCACAAUUUAGCUCAUGAUGAGCAUUCAUCUUUUGUAUGAACUGCAGCAGCUAUAGAGCUUUGACUCUUUAAUUAUUGAGGAAGAGUGAGUUGAAUAUAAGUAUUACAGAUAAGAAGAUUCAUCAUCCAUGUAAGUAAUAGAAUUAAGUACUCACCAGGUGCACAGAUGAGCUUUUAAAAUAGCUAUAGCUUGUGUUGUGUUGAUGUGUACUAAACUGUACUGUGUAUAAUGUGAGGUCAUUUCAGCAGAACACCUACUAAUCUAAAAAUCAAUUUCAAAAAUAUUGACUAGAAAAUGCCACUAUACCUUCUCUAUCUUCCACCUUCACUCGUAUUCUUACUCACAUUUUCAACCUCUUCUUUGUUUUUUUCUCAUGUACAAUGUGGCCGAAGGUGUUGGUGCUUUAUAAAUAAAGUAUAAUAAAAUAAUAACAUAAAUCAUUUUCUUUUAUCCUUUCUCCAGAUACUCCUUUGUCUGUAUAUAUUGGGGAGGAAGCUGUCCUUUCCUGUGGACAUGACCCAGGAAACAGUUUAAUAGUCUUAAACUGGAUUAUUAAACCAACAGAUCAACGACAGUGCACCAUUUCAUACGAUACCGAGGACAACCAAACACAGAACAACUGUAGUAAAAGGAUUACAUUUGACAAUUUUUCUCUUCAUAUAUUCAACAGCAAACCAAUCGAUGAUGGAUUCUAUCGCUGUGAAAUUUCCGAUCCAACUGGAAUAUUCUAUAUGACGUUUAUUUUGCAAGUAUUAGGUAAAUUCUAUCUUUUUCUUUUAUAUUUUCAAUCUUUUUCUAUAUUUCCCCUAACUGGUAAAGGCUCUUGAGUUCUAAGCAUUAAGUUUAUCUAAACAUUGUGGUAUCUGAGCAGGUAGCACAGAUAUAGACUAACAGAUAUUUAAAUGUAUAUCAGUGAUUCAAUAAACUGCGAAUUGUGAUGUGUGGACUAUAACCGUUAUUAGAAAAAUUAUAAACAAAUGAUAACAACAGCCUAUUUUUUCCAGUUUGGCUGUUUUAGUCUAGAAUUUGCAACUCGUUAGUCAGUUCUUCACAAAUUCUGGGUUAUUGAACGUCCCCUGUACUCCCAAAUCUAUUAACAUUGUAAUCAUCCACAAGCUAAGGGACUGUAUACACAUGUUAACAAAUUUGCAUAUGUGGGUUUUAACCCCUUAAGGACACAUGACUGACAUAUUCCAUCAUGAUUUCCUUUUAUUCCAGAAGUUGUGUCCUUAAGGGGUUAAGUUGAAUGUUGAGAGUGUGUGAAUGUCUACGUGAAAAAAAAUGGGUCUAAAUGAGUGACAUUUGGCAAAUGUUGGGUGAUGAAGGAGCAGGGGAGGGCUAGGUAUAUUUGGCCUGGGGGGCAACUUUAAUAAAUAGUCCAGGUUCAGACCAGAUCAGCAAACUCCACUCUUUUAAAAGUUAUAGAGUUAUACUAAUACUGGAAGAUCAAUAAUGCUAUAAUAUUACCAUUAUAUGAUAUAGUUUAAUAUUGUGCUGUUAGGGCAACAGCCCACUAUCCUCUCUAUUCUAGCGGCCAGGCGUGGUGAUUUCUCCCUGAUCAUUGCCAGACUCAAUCCCCACUCCGCUGAGCAGGGUGGUCAUGCUAUUGAAAAAGAGGAUGAAAUGGAUGGUUGAAGAGGAAGAUAAUUAGUUGGGAGACAGGAGAUUUGAUAUGAGUAGCUGGUUAUGCAGGUUUAGGGUACAUAAGCCAAAGUAUAAUGUUAAGGAGCAGAGUUUCUCUUACUCAGGAAUAAUUCAAAUUAUUAAAGUAUGGAGUGAAUAUCAACUAUAUAUUUGAGCAAUUUCAAAUAUUAAAUCUUUAUGACAUAGGAUGAAAAACGAUGUGCGUCUGUCAAUUUCAGCCUUUCUCACAUUUGUUUUCGCUGUUGAUACAAAAUAAGGCAAAAAAGACAGUUUGAAGCGCUUCCAAUCUUGCAACAAACUAGACCCCAAAAUGGCAGUUAGAUCUCUCAUUGGAUCAAGAAAAUAUUACCCUACCUUUCAAAAACUAUAUUCCCGGAUAUUAUGUUUACAAGAAUUCUUCAAAUUGCUAUUUAAUCAUCUGUGCAGACUCAGAUUAAACCAAUUCUUCAGGCAGAAUUCCACUUUGUUAUUAUUCUCACUGUAGAGAACACUUUCCUAUGUCUUAUACGAAAACUCCUUUCUACCAGUCUAAAUAGGUGACUGGAAGAAGGGAGAUUUUGUUUAAGACAAAGGAAAGGGUUUUUUGUUUUUUUUUACAAUAAGAACAACAGUUACAUUUUAUAAAUCUAUUAAUAUGAAAUGGGAUAGUGGAUGAGAAAAAAAGAGAGAAAACAAAACAAAACAUAUAUAUGAUGAUAGAAAUGCCUAAAAGCAAAGACUGGAUAUUCAAAGAGAUUCUAAUGGCUUUGGGUUCUAACAUGAAAUUACCUUACUAACAGAAAAAAACACUAAUCAUAUACACUGAUCAACCACAAAAUAAAAACCACAUGCCUAGUAUCGCAUAGGUUACCCUCGGGCUGCCAAAACAAAUACAAUGCGUUUAGGCAUGGACUCUGCAAGACCUCUGAAUGUGUCCUGUAAUAUCUGGUAGCAGAUCCAUUAACUCCUGCAAGUUGCGAGGGGGGGGUUACCAUGAAUUGUAUUAGUUGUUCCAACGCAUUCAACAUAUGCUCAACCGGAUUGAGAUCUAGGGAAUGUUGAGGCCAAGGCAACACCUUAAAUUAAUUGUGAUGUUACUCAAACUAUUCCUGAACAGUUGUUGCUGUGUUGCAGGGUGCAUUAUCCUGCUGAAUGAGGCCACUGCCAUCAGGAAACAUGAAGUGGCUGUAUGUGAUCUGCAACAAUCUCUAGAUAGGUGGUGCGUGUCGAAGUAAAAUACACAUGAAUGCCAGGAUCCAAGAUUUCCCAACAGAAUAUUUCCCAGAGCAUAACACUGCCUCCACUGGCCUGCCUUCUUCCCAUAGUGCAUCCUGCUGCCAUCUUACCCAGGUAAAUUAUGCAAACAUGGCCAUAGCCAUCCACCUGAUUUCAAAGAAAGCAUGAUUCAUCAGACCAGGCAACCAUCUUCCAUUGCUCCAUGGUCCAGUUCUGAUGCUCACAUCCCCAAAAAGGCGUUUUCAGCAGUGAACUAGGGUCAUCAUGGACACUCUGAUCGGUCUGCGUCUACUUAACCCCAUAAUCUGCUAACUGCAAUGCAAUAUGUGUUCUGAUACCUUUCUCUCCUGGCCAGCAUUGUCAUUACAUUUUUCUCAGCAAAAUAAGCUAGAGUAGCUCUUCUUCAAUCCCCACGUGCAUCAGUGAGCCUCUUACUUUUGGUAGGUAAUAGCCACUGUAUACUUGGAACACCACACAAGACUUCUCAUUUUGGAGAUGCUCUGAUGCAGUCAUCUAGCCAUCAGCCUCUUUUCAAAAUUUGGUACCAUGCCCCGUGCAUAGAUGUUUUUUUUAUUGUUGCUAUAGGUGGAAAAUCCAGCUCCAGUAUGCAGUAUAAAUUCACUUAUGAAAAAUACAAGAUACACCUAAAAUAAAAACAGAGGCAAAGAAAAAUUCAUAGGGCAACACCAUACAAUGAGAAACGGGUCCCUAAUGAUAGUAAUGCACUCACAAGAUGUACGGAUUUUUCAAGCCCCUCAAUGUCUCUUUAAAUAUUCAGCUGUAGACAUUCUCAAUAUUCAAGGAUGCAUGCCAAAAGAAAAAAACAGCUUGAGCUUUAUACCAUCUGGGACAGAGGGAUACAGAGAUCUAUUGAUGGGCGUUUUCAUUUUUUACUUGUUGUAAGUGAAUUUAAUUAAAGUGUGUCAUUUUACAUUUUAAAGCAUUGCUGUACUAUGUUCAGUUUUUUUCUUUUGGCAUGCAUCCGUGGAUAUUGAGAAUGUCUACAGCUGAAUAUUUAAAGAGACAUUGAUGUGCUUGAAAAAUUUGUACAUCUUGUGAGUGCAUUACUAUCAUUAGGGGCCCAUUUCUCAUUGUAUGGUAUUGCCCUAUGAAUUUUUCUUUGCCUCUGUUUUUAUUUUAGGUGUAUCUUGUAUUUUAUAUUUGUAUUUGAGGAUUUCGAGGAAUCCUUUGUUACGACCUAAAAUAUAAGAGAAGUAAUUACCUUUAUUUUAAUAUAUAUUGCUGCACUUGGGUGGUCUAUAAGUAUAUAUUAAGUAUACAUUCACUGUAAUAUUUGAGCAGAAGUUUUUACUCAUUUACAUCAUAAUAAGCAUGUAAUACAUUAUCUGAGCCUUUGAAAUCUCUUUGAAGCACCUUAUCCUUGCUACCGUGAACCUUAAAACUUUAUUUUAUCAAAAAAAAAAUCUGCUUUAAUGGCAUGUUCAUUUAUUUUGAGCUCCACUUUUGCUUCAUCUUUUUUGCCAUUUCAUAUUUUAAAAAACAUCUCUAUGUGCACCAUCAUCAUAGUCAACUCUUGGUCUAACAGAGUGUAUGUUGACAAUUACAAUGAUGCACCUGGACAUUCAUGGAAUUGUAGCAAUUAUGUCCCCCCUUGGGAAGUCAUAGCCAUUUAGAUUGGGCUGGCAAAUGGGUUGAAGGAGUAGCUGCAUCUACUUUGUUCCCAAAUUCAUGAAAUCAUGUUGUAUGUAGGAAUCUGUGGAUCUAUGUCUACAUUUUUGUAUAUGUCUAUGUGUGCACAUAUGUGUUAUUCUGGGUGAAGGUAUUCAUCAUUGCAUGCAUGUUAAUAGGUGUGUAUUUGUGUUUGUGUAGAUGUAUGUGUCUACUUUAAAAUCUACCUCAAAAUCCAGCACUUUACCUACUGGGCUCAGAUGCUGGAUCUGCCCUUACCCAGACUUGGAUUAAGAUUACCCAGGUACCUAGACAGGAUGCAGAUUAGACCUCCCUUUAAGAGCCCUGGAUAUGCAGUGAGGAUGCUGCUCAGGUAGUGUGCGUUUUAGGUGAUGUGGAGAGGUGAGGCGAGUGUGUUGCUCAGGUAGUGUGGAUGAUAGGAGGUGUGGGGUGCUGUUCCAAUAGUGUGAGUUUUAGGACCUGUGGGGAGCUGCAGUGAGUAUGCUGCUCAGGUAGUGUGUGUUAAAGCAGGUGUGGGGAGCUGCAGUGAGCGUGCUGCUCAGGUAGUGUGGAUUAUAGGAGUUGCAGGGAACUUGAGUGAGAGUGCAGUUCCCAUAGUGUGGGUUAUAAGAGGUUUGGGGAGCUGCUCAGGUAGUGUGGGUUAUAAGAGGUGUAGGGAGCUGUAGUGAGUUUGCUUCUCAGGUAGUGUGCGUUACAGGAGGUAUGGGGAGAUGCAGUGAGUGUGCUGCUCAGGUAGUGUGGGUUAUAGCAGGUUUAGAGAGCUACAUUGAGUGUGCUGCUCAGGUACUGUGGGUUAUAGGAGGAGCUGGGAGCCGGAGUGAGCGUGCUGCCUUUGUAGAGUGAGUUAUAAGACAUUGUGGUAAAUUGGGAGACAAAUAGCCAGAUUUAACCAAAAGCUAUAUGUUAUAUAAUCACUAAUUCAGCAAUUCUUACAACUAGUUUUACGCUUGUGUUGACAAUUCUCUACUAACAAACCUAAUAUAUGCUUUAAUAUAAUUACUUAAUUUGUCACCUAAUAAAAACAUUCCAAAAAGUAGAAUGUGUGAGGAACCGAUAAUGCUUUCAUUGUAAUUACAGUCAAACUAAAUGUAAUAUUUUAUCUUAUAUUUUUAGUUCAACCUUCCCUAAUACUCAAGCUAAACAGCGAUGGACAUCUUGAGUGCCUUGCUUUAGGUGGAAAUCCAGCUGCCAACAUAUCUUGGAGUCCGGAACCACAAUAUGGAAACACUACGAAAAAACGAAUGUCAAACAUGACAUGGGCGACCGUUAGCACAUACAGUAAAGAAAAUAUCAGCGCAUCCACCAUGACUUGUGUGAUAUCUCACCCUACAUUUGCAGAGGAUAAAUUCAUGACAAUGAAUGAUACUGGUAAGCAGACAUUUAUCAAGAAGAAUGUCAUCUGUUCACUGGGUUACACUAAGUAACUAUAACAGAGUAAGCAGAGCUGGAUUUACAUGCCAUGUGCCUAUAAGAACAGAAAUUGUGUUCUAACUUCUCUCUCAAAAAUCAUGUUCUCUGUUGUUUACUUGUCUUUGAUAUAUACGCUUUUGUAUUAAAAAUAGUGUCCAGAGCAGAAAAGCUUCUCUAGGUUCUUACCUACUCUACCAACUGGCAAAUCCAUUCCUGACAGUAAGUGGAGCAAGAGAAAUUACAAACAUGUAAAUGCUUGCCUAUAAUAUUAGUUUUUUUGGUCCCCAGACUUUUUUAGAUUAUUAUUAUGUAUGUAGCGGCAAAUAAUUCUGCAGUGCUGUACAAUAGAUUAAUGUAUUAGCAUCACAUGUAAAUUAAAUAUAGUUCUAUCAAAACGAAUAUGGGCCAAGUAAUAUUUGUUGAAUUUUUUUUUUUUUAAAUCUAUACUAUAUUUUAUCGUUUACUAUAUAUUGCAGUCUGUACAGAAUUGCAAGUUUUAACUAAUUGUUGAUGCAAGCGAUUGCUAACUUUUAGCUGUGGUAAAAUUGAGGAAGUAACAGUACUUCUCUAGUUACAGAAACCAACAUUUUAAGUGGUUUGACAAAUUUCUUAUGUUGUUACUAUGUCAUAUUUUAUUUAAUGAGCUUAUUUCUCCUUUAAUUGGUGACAUAUUGUUAGCUUAUGUUACUUGUACACUUGGAUGGUUGAACUUGAUGGACUUGAGUUGUUACUAUGUUACGUCAUCAAAAUGACUGCAAUCAGAGGGUGACAACCAUGAUGGUUGUCACGAGCCCAACAGUUCUGGUGGGUCCCACUUUCCCUAUCUGUAGUGGCAGAACCCCUGCUGAUGAUGGGGCCCCUCUGGUGGCCCAUGCACUUAGGGACAGUUGAUGGGCAUAUGUCUUCAGGGGCCUGGUCAGCACUGCGGCUCUUUAAUAGCACCACUGGACCCCUUUAAAAAUGGCAGCCACGGCCAGUGCUGGCAGGAAGUGACAGACGUUCACUUCCUCCCAGCUUACUCCACACAGGUGGGGAGCAGGCAGAGCAAAGAGAGUGAAGAGGGAAGAGCCAGCUGCCAGACUGACUUCCAUCAGCCCCAACCACCAUUCUACACCCAAAAAUGUAAGAAACAGGAUGCUGGCUAAAAAAAUAACUUGUAUGUGUGUGUGUGAGUUUGUAUGUCUGUGUGUGUGUGUGUGUGUGUGUGUGUGUGUGUGUGUCAGUAUGUAUGUCUGUGUGUGUCAGUAUGCAUUUAUGUCUGUGUGUCAGUAUGUAUGUCUGUGUGUGUCUGUGUGUCAGUAUGUAUGUGUGUGUCAGUAUGCAUGUACACUGAGCAAAAUUAUAAAUGCAACACUUUUGUUUUUGCCCCCAUUUUUCAUGAGCUGAACUCAAAGAUCUAAGACUUUUUCUAUGUACACAAAGGCCUAUUUCUCUCAAAUAUUCUUCACAAAUUUGUCUAAAUCUGUGUUAGUGAGCACUUCUCCAUAGAGCUGUCUGUGCAGUAAGAAACAAUCUGCAAUGUGAGAUUAGCGUACUAGAUUAAGCUGUGUGCCUACAAUUUUUUUCACAUUAGAUGCUGUUAACCAGAUAAUUAACUAUGGUUUAUCUAAGACACGCGGGAAUAGCUGUUUUGACCCAAUGGCGUGUAGGCAGAUGAGUCGUCGAUGCCUGUAUUGCCUUAACAGCUUUAACAAGCGCAAACAUAGUCAACACAAUUUUACAGUGUUAUGGCAGGAAUGAGCUGGGCAUUUUUAGUAAGUUAGUAAUGCUAGACGUAGCAGACGACCAAACAAGCAAAUGACAGUUUGCGGGCAUGUGAUGUGUAGGUGUGAUGUAUGCAAAGCAUUUGAGUGAUUGGCAUUCUGUCAAAUAACUAAACAUAAUAUAAACAUAAAAUAAGACCCCCCACUCGUUCCCCUAAGUAAUCAAGGAAGGUUAGGACUGUCUCUAUAGCAGAGGCUAAACGUAUGUGAAUGUUCAACUAAGGUACGUAGAGGUAUUAGGCCAUAGACACUUUGCCUGUCUUAGAGUCCCCGGCUUGAUUCUCAAGUCAGCCGAUGCCUUGCUCGGUAGCCCAUGGGUUGAGGUGCGUAUGGACCUUGUGCCGUGUGGACGUAAUCUUGGUGGGGCAUAUUGAGUCUGUCUUGCGGUUGCUGAAGCAUGGCCUGUCUCCCGGACUGUUUGUGGGUUGCCACUGCCCCGUGAGGAUCCGCCUGUGGCUGUCGCUUCAUGGGGCCUUGCGUCCCGCUGUUUCUCCAGCCUGUUCAAGCCCACUUUGCCCCUCCAGAGCUUGUGUCGAGUCUCCGCUCGCAGGUAAGGUGACCUUGGGCACCCUCUCCUGGGUGUUCUCAGGUCUCCGGGUGCCGCCCCUGGUCUGCUGCUGCAUUCUGAGGGGCUCCAAAAGCAUGAACUCGAGAUGGCCCCUUGUUGGUGUUUGCCUCUUUGGGUUUAUUUUCAGAGUCCGCUUGACUGCCUGAUGUAGGUUCUGUGGCAGGUCUGUGGGCAGAUUCUGCAGCACUGGAGGUUUCUCCCAAAAGGAGGAGAAGAUAUUAUUUAACCGGUGCUCCAUUUCCAGUGCUGCACUGCAUGGGUCAGUAGCAUGGGAGGCAUCCGUCAUUUUGUUGGCCUUGUCGGUAGUAGGCCCGGGAUUCUGUAUUGGUGUCAUGUUACCAGUACUUUGCAUAGGGUUCAGGUGGGGUUGGACCGGGAUUACCCCCCCGUCCGGAUUCGGGCCCAGGUUUACAUUUUCGGCUUGUUGCCAAAAAAAUCCAAGUAGCUCACAUCCACUGCAACACCCUGAUUAUUAUUAUUUAUAUACCGCCAACAGAUUCUGUAGCGCUUUUCAAUAUUAUAAGAGGGGAGAUUUAGAUAUAAAUAGGACAAUUACAAGAAAACUUACAGGAACGAUAGGUUGAAGAGGACCCUGCUCAAACAAGUUUACAGUCUAUAGGAGGUGGGGUGUAAAACACAAUAGGACAGGGAAUAGCAAUCAAAAUAGGUGGGAGUGAAGCAGAGCUGGAGGAGAGAGUUGAGUGCUGCCCUUCAGGAGAGAGCAAGAGACAGGUAUGUGAGGUAGAGGUUACUCUGGGAUGCCAUAAGCUUUUCUAAAAAGAUGGGUUUUAAGGCACUUCUUAGACAAUUGAAGACUAGGGGAGAGUCUGAUGGCAGUAGGCAGGCUGUUCCAUAGGAUGGGAGCUGUUCUAUACUUCUAAUUACUUCUAUAAUGCAAUUAGGUCAGUUUGACAUGACCUAUGUUUCAUAAAACCAUGCUAAUUAUUGCUAAUGAAUUCCAAAAUAUUAUCCCUUAAUAAUCCUUCAAAUACUUUCCCAGUCACAGAAGUUAAGCUCACAGGCCUAUAAUUUGCAGGCAAGGAUUUUGAACCCUUUUUAAAUAUAGGAACGACAUCUGCCUUCCUCCAAUCCUCCGUUACAAUUCCUAAAAGAAAAGAAUAUUUAAAUCUUAAAUACAGAGAUUCACUUAUAUCCACAUUUAGCUCCUUAAGUAAUCGUGGGUGAAUACCAUCAGGCCCCAGAGCAUUAGGAAAUGAACAAAUAUAAUUUAUCAAUGGAAAGCUAUUUAUUUGCAGAAUUAUCGUUAUUCUAUGUGUCAUAUAAAUGAAUAUUUUUUUGGAAUAAGUGAAUAGAAUAUGGUAUUGAAUCAGUUACUAAACAGUUCCUUUAUCCUUUAUAUUGAAGAAAUAUAGCAUCUCAAUGAAUGAUAAUGCUGAAUUGCUUGACUUGUUCUCUAUCUCCCUUCCCGUUUGCAAUGCCCUGAAAGGGGUACAUGUGUGGCGGAACCAGCCUCGCCACUAGGCAUUGGAUGAAGACUGUUUGCCAGCCUCCUGCCCUGCGACUAUGGCCCUGAGAUGUAUUGCCCUUCUAGGAACUGAUUUGGGCAUAAUAGAUUUUUAUUAUGCUGCUGCUGGCCCUUUAAGAACCAUCUGGGGACAUACUGUGGAGUUAUUGGGUAGCCACCAUUUCAUGUAUUAGAGGCACAUGGUGAGAACAAUGGAUGAAGCACAUGUUGAGAACAAUGGAUGGCGGCCAUUUUAACUCACAGACACUGUUUGCACUUUUCUACACAGUGCCAUCUCGCUGGUAUUUGGUACACAAAGACAUUGUUCAGUAGUUUUAAACUAUACAACGAGGGACACAUUUAACAGUAAUUAUUUUAUUAGCCUGUAUAUGAUCUGCGGAAUCUGCAUUAAACCGUAUCUUCCAAACUACUGAAUGGAUCUGGGUGAAUUUUGCAUAUGUGGUUCACCCAGACCCCCUGGUUCCGAGGAUAUAUUUUUUAUUGCAUAUUUUGGGGUCCCUGUGAUAUGUUUUAUAAUACUGUAUUUCUCUGCCUGUGAUAAUUAUAUUAACCAUUGUGUUCAGUAAUCAUAUCACAGGCAGAGGGGAGUACUAUGUUUGUAGAAUGUGAAUAAAAGAGGCUGUAUGUGCCAGUACAGUCACCUCAAUUUGGAGUGCCGUCUCUUAUUGGGGGAAUCUGCUACAAGGGAUUGCUAUGCUCUGCAUACUCUCUUGCUAUAUUCACUGCUAAGCUCUUGUAAGAGCUUGUUCCUGUUUUGCUCUCUGAAUGAGUCUACGGUGAUUAUGGUGUCUGCUGCAGUGUUUGGGGUCCUUAGGAAGCGCUAGGAGCAUCCUUCAACGGAGGUACCCAGUCGGGGUGCCAGGUGAUCCGUUACAACAUGUGUCUUGUCUUUCCUGGUUUUAGUCUGUAGCUAGUGCAUCCUGGUUCUUCCCCAAGAACCCAUUUAUUCUGUUUAGGGGAACUUUCAUUCUGACUGAGCUUUAAGACAGAAAGCAGUGAACACUGUAUCUGUUAUCUUAAUCCAGUGCAUAAGUUUAAUCACUCACAUACAGUUUAAUUGUUAUUCCUGCUUCAGUGCUUAAUGCACAAUUGAGUGACCUCCUUAUUUGUCCUUUGAUAUUUACAGUUCUUUUCAAUAGAGUUAACCAGUCACAUUAAUUUAUUACUGAUUCUUUUCCCAUUUGAUUCCUCUCCUAUGAUUGUAACAGUACAUAUGUCUGUGUGUCAGUAUGUGUGUAUCUGUGUUUCAGUGUAUAUUUGUCUGUGUCAGUACGUAUGUGUCUGUGUGUGCCUGUGUAUCUGUGUGUCCUUUUGUGUAUGCAUAUGUAUUUGUGUGCCAGUGUGUGUGUCUGUGUGUGUGUAUUCUCUGUCAAUUUGUAUCUGAGUGUCUGUGUAUCUGUGUAUUUGUCAGUGUGGGUAUAUUGUGUUUAUCUGUGUGUGUAAUAAUGCGUCAUAGUGUGUGUAAAAUGUGUCAGUGUGUCUGUGCAUCUGUGUGUUCACAUGCAUAUCGGUGUAUGUAACUUUGUAUGUAUCUGUGUGUCAGUAUGUGUUCUGUGUAUUUGCAUGUGUGCCAGUGUGUGUGUCUAUGCAUCUGUGUGUGUGGAACUGUAUACACUACACAUAAAUGCACGCCUGCAUUCAAACAACAACAACAAUAUUCACACACAUACUCCAUACAAAAACAUGAUUUCAUUCAAACACCUAUUGUGGGUAGGUAUAUAUAUAUAUAUAUAUAUAUAUAUAUAUAUAUAUAUAUAUACACACAUAUUUACAUCCAGUUGUCUGGUUACAAUUACAUGUCUGUUAGUCCACCCAUUGUACAGCGCUACAGAAUCUGAUGGCGCUAGAUAAAUAAUAAUAUAUAUAUAUAUAUAUAUAUAUAUAUAUACAUACAUACAUACAUACAUACAUACACACAUUGCAUCCCCUACAGACACACACACACACUGCAUCCACUACACAUGCACUAACACACACCAUGUCCACUUUACACACACUGCAUCCAAUACACAAACACACAUAGUGCAUCCGCAACACAGACAUUAUGCACUAUACACAAUCUGUAUUCUUGUGGCCAGGCUUGGAGGUGGGCCCUGUUGGCGCACUUGGAGACAGGCCCUCCGGUGGCACAGACCUUGAGCUGUGUUAGGAGCCCAACAAAUUCUGAUGGCAACCCUGGUCAUCAACUCAGGAGAGGUGUUUCCAUUGUUGUUUUUGCUUGAGAUAUUUUGGGCUAUAAGACAUUUUUUACAAAGUCAUAUUCAAGUCCACUGAAGUGUUAAAUUGAUGAAUUUUCGAUGUUUCUGUAAAACUGUAUAUCAAUACUUUUCGUAAGGAUAGUGAUGACAUUUAAGAGGUUCAUAUAAGUUAUAGAGCGUUUUUUUCUCCAAAUUACCUAGAAACGGCUUAUCAUUAAAGGUUUAUAACCAGCUGUAAAUCUGUUGAUUAAUGUUGGACAUGGGAUUGUAAUUUCCUUAUAUGGUUGAAGUUAACUAUUAAAGGACCACUAUAGGCACCCAGACCACUUCAGCUUAAUGAAGUGGUCUGGGUGCCAGGUCCAUCUAGGGUUAACCCUGCCUGCUGUAAACAUAGCAGUUGCAGAGAAACUGCUAUGUUUACAUUAGGGUUAAUCCAGCCUCUAGUGGCUGUUUUUCUGACAGCCGCUAGAGGCGCUUCUGCGCUUCUCACUGUGAUUUUCACAGUGAGAAGACACCAGCGUCCAUAGUAAAAUCAUUGAGAAUGCUUUCCUAUGGACUGACUGAAUUGCUGUGCAUGCGCAUUCAGCCGAUGACGUCGGAAGGAGGAGGAGAGUCCCCAGCGCCGAGGGAGCCCAGCGCUGGAGAAAGGUAAGCGUUUAACCCCUUCCUCCCCCUAGAGCCCAGCGGGAGGGGGACCAUGAGAGUGGGCGGGACCUAUUAAUACUAUAGUGCCAGGAAAACAAGUUUGUUUUCCUGGCACUAUAGUGGUCCUUUAAUAACUACUCCGCAUAAUGAUGCUUCACAAAAAAAAAUCAAUAUAUGCAACUGCAUCAUCAAAUAUCAUAAUGGCAAGUAAAUAAAACUAUCAGACAAUUAUUUGUUGUUUGUUAAUCAGUGUUAUUUGUAGCCAUGUCAUAUUUACUUGAUCAAAUCCUUCAUAAUUUACAUUGUAGUUUUAGAAUGAACAUUUUGGAGGGUACAGUGUUUGCAUUGAUAUUAUAGAACUACUACACAUGAAGAAUGGUAUUGGUUUAUUAAGAUCUAUAUAAUCUUAAGAAAUAAAAGGCAUACUCUUACACUUUCUCUAGAUCGAUCCAUUCCUUUAUGGGUUGUGCUGGCUACAGUUAUCUUUAUAAUCUCUACGAUCAUCUUGGGAUCGCUUAUCUUCUGGCAAAGAUCAAAUAUCAGGUACGGUGAUGAAAGUACAGCUGCUUUUAUCCACUCCCAUUUUAAAUUUUUAAGUGAUAGCGUCUGAGUGCGGAAGGAGUGUGCAAUGGAAUGAACCCAAGUUGUAGGGAAGUAUGUACUCAGAUAUCGCUGAGUGCUAUGAGAGUAUAUAAAUAAGUGUAUCACAAUGAUAAGAAGAGUAUUUAAGGGACACUGUAGGCAACCGGACCACUUCAGCUCAUUGAAGUGGUCUGGGUACAGUGUGUCUAUUGCCCUUAGUGCUGAAAUGUUAAACAACUGCAGUUUCAGUUUACAUUGCAGCACUAAGUCAGCCUCUAGUAGCUGUCUACCAGACAGCCACUAGAGGUUGACUUCCUGGUUUGAAACUGACCUUUGGUCCGGUAUCUGUACUAUACUAUACUAGCCUUUUAAGUAAGAGCAUCUCAGUGAUGCAGGGGUUAAUCAAUCUAUGGAUUUAAACAUUGAGCUGAACGUAUCAUUCUGUGGAUUUGAGUGUUGAUGGCAAUAUAGCAAACUAUGAAUUUGAGAGUUGAAAGGAAUACUGUAGAAUUAUAGGGAACUGGGUGUUGAGGGGAGAAUAUGUGGAUUUGAGUGUUGAUGGGAGUAUAUAAUGCUGUGCAUUUGAAUGUUGAGUGGAGUUUAUAAUUAUGAGAUUUAAAAUUUUGAGUGGAGUAUAUAAUUGGAGUGUUGAGGGGGUAUAUAAUAUACAGUAUAUAAUUCUAUAGAUUUGAGUAUUGAGGGGGUAUAUAAUUCUGUAGGUAUGAUUGAUGAUGGGGUAUAUAAUAUACAGUAUAUAAUUCAGUAUAUGAUAUACAGUAUAUAAUUCAGUAUAUGAUAUACAGUAUUUAAUAUACAGUAUAUAAUUCAGUAAAUAAUAUACAGUAUAUAAUUCAGUAUUUAAUAUACAGUAUAUAAUUCAGUAUAUGAUAUACAGUAUUUAAUAUACAGUAUAUAAUUCAGUAAAUAAUAUACAGUAUAUAAUUCAGUAUGUAAUAUACAGUAUAUAAUUCAGUAUUUAAUAUACAGUAUAUAAUUCAGUAUAUGAUAUACAGUAUUUAAUAUACAGUAUAUAAUUCAGUAAAUAAUAUACAGUAUAUAAUUCAGUAUGUAAUAUACAGUAUAUAAUUCAGUAUUUAAUAUACAGGAUAUAAUUCAGUAUAUGAUAUACAGUAUUUAAUAUACAGUAUAUAAUUCAGUAAAUAAUAUACAGUAUAUAAUUCAGUAUGUAAUAUACAGUAUAUAAUUCGGUAUUUAAUAUACAGUAUAUCAUUCUGUAUAUAAUAUACAGUAUAUAAUAUACAGUAUAUAAUUCAGUAUUGAAUAUACAGUAUAUAAUUCAGUAUGUAAUAUACAGCAUAUAAUUCAGUAUAUAAUAUCCGAUUUAUAAUUCAGUAUGUAAUAUACAGUAUAUAAUCCAGUAUAUAAUAUAGAGUUUAUCAUUCAGUAUGCAAUAUACAGUAUAUAAUUCAGUAUUUAAUAUACAGUAUAUAAUUCAGUAUAUAAUAUGCAGUAUCUAAUUCAGUUUGUAAUAUACAGUAUAUAAUUCAGUAUAUAAUAUACAGUAUAUAAUUCGAUAUAUAAUACACAGUAUAUAAUUCAGUAUAUAAUAUACAGUAUAUAAUUCGAUAUAUAAUAUACAGUGUAUAAUUCGAUAUAUAAUAUACAGUAUAUAAUUCAGUAUAUAAUAUACAGUAUCUAAUUCAGUUUGUAAUAUACAGUAUAUAAUUCAGUAUAUAAUAUACAGUAUCUAAUUCAGUUUGUAAUAUACAGUAUAUAAUUCCGUAUAUAAUAAACAGUAUAUAAUUUGAUAUAUAAUAUACAGUAUAUAAUUCGAUAUAUAAUAUGCAGUAUCUAAUUCAGUAUAUAAUUCUGUGAAUUUUAGUGCUAAAGGAAGUGUGUUAUUGAGUGCAUCAGAUUGCCGAGGGUUAUGUAAAUGAAUAAAACCUGGCAGUUAGAGUUUUGUGUAAGCGCAGGAGAAGGGACGAAUAGUGUUAACACCAUAGAGGAUGGAGAAACUAGAACACAAUUUAAUGGUGACUCUUUUUCUAGCUGAAUCAUGGAGUCCUAUUACAGAUCAAACAGGACUGAUAUAUUAAAUAUUAACAGCUCUGAUGGGGACAUCGCAGUUUUAGCUGAGGAUCACUAGAUGUCACCCUAAACCACUCUCUCCCCAAAUUCAGCAACUUUUUUAUAUUGAAUCUUUGUUUAAAAGAAUAAAUAUUUUGACAUGUGUUCUAUUGUUUCUAAGUAAAGCCAGACAGUUAAUAUGCAUUUUACAUUAUGGAAUAUAUACAAUAUAGACAGUGAGCUGUUCAUUAUCUGUUUUUACCAGUUAUGAGUAUAGUGUUGCGUUUGGAUGGUUAGCGCCCAUUUAGUAGUGACAGGGUUUAAAACCAUAAAAUAUAUUAUAAAUAAUCUGCAAUAUAAAAUACAAAAAGAACUACAAUAGUGUAGUAAGUAGAAACACCAGAUACGGUGGAACCAUAAAUUUUUCCAUCUUCUUUUGUUCCAGGUAUACAUAUACGAAAAUAAAAGAAGAAGGAACAUAGUGCAGUACUGUAGAUACAUUUUAACAACACUCACAAGAUAAAAGUGAAAGAUAAGUCCAUCAAUAUCAAAUUGGUCCACAUGGAUUGCUGCAGGUUCUCACAGAACAGGAUCAAAUAUAAGGCUAAAACAGCAUAAAAAAAAAAUAAUAAAACAAACUGUCACUUCUUUCACCCUACCCAUUUUAUCUGUCCUUGGACUUUUUGUAUUUUUGAUCGCAGAUUAUUUAUAAUAUAUUUUAUGGUUUGAGAAGUUUGAGGAAUCUUCUUUAUAUUUCUGCAUAUUACUGGGUAAUUUAUACCUAUAACCACUGGUGUUGUUUAAAGGGACACUAUAGUCACCUGAACAACUUUAGCUUAAUGAAGCAGUUUUGGUGUAUAGAACAUGCCCCUGCAGCCUUACUGCUCAAUCCUCUGCCAUUUAGGAGUUAAAUCCCUUUGUUUAUGAACCCUAGUCACACCUCCCUGCAUGUGACUUGCACAGCCUUCCAUAAACACUUCCUGUAAAGAGAGCCCUAUUUAGGCUUUCUUUAUUGCAAGUUCUGUUUAAUUGAGAUUUUCUUAUCCCCUGCUAUGUUAAUAGCUUGCUAGACCCUGCAAGAGCCUCCUGUAUGUGAUUAAAGUUCAAUUUAGAGAUUGAGAUACAAUUAUUUAAGGUAAAUUACAUCUGUUUGAAAGUAAAACCAGUUUUUUUUUUCAUGCAGGCUCUGUCAAUCAUAGCCAGGGGAGGUGUGGCUAGGGCUGCAUAAACAGAAACAAAGUGAUUUAACUCCUAAAUGACAGUGAAUUGAGCGGUGAAAUUGCAGGGGAAUGAUCUAUACACUAAAACUGCUUUAUUUAGCUAAAGUAAUUUAGGUGACUAUAGUGUUCCUUUAACUGGGUUUUUAUAAAUAUUUUAGAGUUUAAAACCAGUCACUAAGUAGCGGUUAGCAGCCAUUGGCCACUACUUAGUGGCUGUAUUUAAAUAGCAUCUGGUAAACAGCUACUACACAAUAACAGGCACUUUAGUGAGUAGUGACUGUCCAGUAAAAAAAAAGAAAAAAAAGAAAUAGCAUUGAACACAGGAAGCAAGCUCUUAGUAAGCUCCCUCUCAGCAAUCGAAUUCCUAGGGAAUAAACUCUCAAUUUGUUUUCAUUUCCUACAGAAAAUGCCUUAGCGUGGACAAACCCAACACGGCCUCUGUAAACCAAGAACGGGAUAAUGCACAGGUGAAUACUGGGAGAUGGGGGCUGUGCUUUCUGAUUUAUUCUAUUUUAACCAAAAAUGUUAAAUUCAUUUGGAAUUCUCACCAAUUCACACUGUAACGAAUAACCCUGCGGGUUAGCAGAACACUUCAUGGAGCUGAUUCACCAAUACCAUAUACUUUUAUUGCUGCAGUAUAUUCCCAAAUGACGCUAUUUAUAUUUGUGUUCCAGCAGAAUACAGAAGAAGUGGAACCUUACGCAAGCUUCACUCAGAAAAUAAACACUAUUUACAAUUCCACACCUCAGCUCUCCAAAUCAGACAAAAUCUACUGGACAGUGGACAACAACUCCUAA